AUGCAACUGGGUAUGCUGCAUACCAUGCAGAUUAAUAUUCUUAUUUCUACUUUAGAAAUAUUCUUCCAGGAUCUUUGUUUUUUAGCUAUUAUUAACAAGAUAAUGAAGACUUUUCUUCUUCCGCCAGAGGACCUGGGCUCGAAGAAGACUAAGAAGAUCACUAUCAACUGUGAAUUUAAGACAAGACUGCAAGUACAGUGGGGGCUUGACAUGACCAAGGUUGUACGUCGUCAGCCGCAUAAGAGGAAGAAAGCGUGUAGCUCCUAUCCUAUCCCGGCCAUAGCCAAGUUUAUGCCCAGACGAGCGUCCCUACCAACUCCCCAAAUUCUGGAGGGCCUUGGCAGCACCCAACAGGAUGAUGCAGUGAACCGACGUUGCGGUAUCCCAUACGCUGAUACGGUUGAUGUGGAUUGCUUCGCCCUUGAAGAGGACAGACUGUGGCAGCCCUGGGAGUCCCCACAGGUUACAGGUACCUUCUUUCGUUACCUUUGGGAUGGGAAUGGAAUCAAUCAGGCUACAAAUGCCGCAGACGAAUCGGCAGCGACAGAGGAAGCUGUGGCGGUAGAUCAGGAGCUUCCCCAUCGUCAUCUUGAGCAUCGAAUGCCAUCGCCAAGCUUCUCUCCCACUUUCCAGAUAAGCUGUCUGGCUGAUGACGACUGGGUUAUGACAAUAUGGGACCAUGGGAUAGUACCACUGGAGAUGCCUGCGGGCAAUCUGGAGGUGGUCGUAACCAUCGCGGGUCACGACCUAAAACGAAUCUCGCUGCCGAAUGACGAGCUUAUCAUCAACAACUUCUUCAAUGAACUGAAAUUGCGUCGAUUUGUUAUCUACAGCCUGAAUUACCACAGGGUGUCUGAAGAGCCAAGCUUUUAUAUCUGGCAUCUGACCCACCCAUGGGAAACUGUUCAGGCUAUAUUGACUGAGGAGAGUGUGGAAGAGUAUACAGCAUCCGACAAAAAUCAACGCAAAAGGAGAAGAACAGGGAUUGCUGAGGCAAUAGAUGAUAUUGCCGCGUGGGUGGACGAGCAAAUUCUUAACUUAUCCGUUCCCGCUCCCUACCCUUGGGACUGGGAUGUACAAGAAGAGGAGGAGUAUUGA